AUGAGCAACACAACAACAACAACAUUUAACAUGACCAACCUAUAUACUUCUCUGGACCAGUCGGUCCAGACAAAUGUUACAGAUCAAUCAAGACAAACACUUCCAGCUUCAGCUCCAGCUCCAGCUUCAACACAAACACUGUUUAUUGAAUCCUAUCAAAUGGCCGACAUACUAUUGCAACUGUUUAAUAAUAAGGAGUUUCAAACAAUCGAUAACCUUAUCAAUCAAUGUGGAUUCAGCGUCAACGCCCAGAAUCAGCAGGGUCUCUCCAUUCUCCACUCGUCCGUAAUCAACAACAAUCUUAUCUACUCUCAGUAUCUGCUGCUGAAGGGCGCCAACCCCAACCUGCAGACCAUGGCCCAGGUCACCCCUCUCCACCUUGCCCCAAACCUGGAAAUGGCCGGCACACUGAUCGCCGCUGGUGCGCACAUCAACGUCGUAGACGAGGAGGGCGACUCACCGGCCCACUACGCCAUCCGCGAGUCGCGUGCUCCCGUCCUGGAUCUCCUGCUAAAGUGCGGAGCCAAUGCCAACCUGACCAAUGAUGAUGGCGAGUCCCUGUUACAUCUGGCCGCUGCCCUGGGCGACGAGCAAAGCUGUCGUCUUCUUGUGGAUGCUGGUGCGGACCUCAGAAGCAUGGAUGGCAGUGGAUCAACACCUCUGCUGGAGGCCAAAAACAAUGGUCACAUGCCAGUUGUGCUGUAUCUGAACAACUGUGCCGCUCAGCAAGUGGCCAAUCACAACAACAAUGCUGGCUCGAUGUUCCCUUACACUCACUACUCGGACCUGCAAGCCGGUAUCCCCAGCGGCGCUGCCUACUCCAACCACUUUUUU